GAAAAUGCGAGACAGAAGCUUUGGUUUUGUCCAGGAAGCGUCAAGCGGAGGUGCGGCGCAAAGCUCUUCAGGUGGUGCAAUAUUUUUUAAUACCUGCAAGGACGAGGAGUUCGAAAUCAGAGACUCUCUGAAGGAGUUAAAACGACGUUUGCAGACAGAUUACUCAAUUCGUGAACCCCAGCGUGCACGAAGUGACAAUCUUGACGAAAAUGAACUCAGAGCCUCAAAAUUGUUCAUCACUUGUGGUCCGCGAAAAAUGUUCACAAGUACUGAGUUCGCGCUGUUAAAACAGCACGUUGAGUCUGGAAAUGCAGUGCUAAUCAUGAUGGGUGAAGGCGGCGAGCCGUCUUAUAAGACCAACAUUAACUACUUUCUGGAGGACUAUGGGAUUGCAGUGAAUACUGACAGCGUUAUUCGCUUGGAGUACUAUAAGUACCAUCAUCCAAAAGAAGCUCUCAUAACUAACGGAGUUCUAAAUCGAGGUAUAAGUGAAGCAGCAGGGAAAACGUUCUCAAUUCUUUCCUCCGAAGACGAGGGAAAUAACUCACAGGCCAUAAGUUUUGUGUACCCGUAUGGCGCUACAUUGAACGUGAAAAAUGUGACAAAAGAUCUGCACUCAGUUCCCGUCCUGUCAACGGGGUCUGUUUGUUUCCCUAUUAACAGACCAGUAAUGGCAUUCUACGAAGAUCCUAAUUCAGGCGGAAGAAUUGCAGUGAUUGGAUCUACACGAAUGUUCAAUAAGGAAUAUAUAAAUAAGGAAGAGAACUGGAAGAUCGGAGAAGUGUUGUUCAGAUGGUUGAUGAAAGGGCCAGAAGAAGUGACCCUGAACAAAAUUGACUCUGGUGAUCCGGAAGUUGGUGAUUAUCUUCUUAUACCCGAUACAGGCUCACUGUCCGAGAACGUCAAGACUUCCUUGCAAGAAACUGAGGAGGUGAACAAAGAUGAGGAAAGCUUGUUCGAGGAUACGUUAUUUGAAUUCGACACUUCAUUGGUUCCUUUGGUCAUUGACGCUUACAAAGAUUUGAAGGUUGAACAUGAGCCUCUUACUCUGAUUCCCCCGGAGUUCGAAACGCCCCUACCUCACUGUCAACCGGCGGUAUUUCCGCCGACCUUCAGAGAAGUUGAGCCGCCGGCCUUGGAGCUUUUCAAUCUCGACGAGGAAUUCAGCUCCACUCGAUCAAGGCUGGCAACUGCCUACAAUAAAUGCACUGAAGAAGAUUUGCAAUACUUCAUUGAAGAGUCAGGAGAUAUUUGCAGUGUGCUGGAUAAAAUUGGUUCCAACGCUCCUGAGGAUAGACCGAAAAAGAUUCUUGAAUACAUUUUCAAACAAAUAGUGGCAUUCAAGAAGACGGGGUCGGCAGGAAGCGACGAUUCAAUGAUGCGCCAGGGAAGCGAUAACUUGAUAAUGGACUAAUUAAUAAUUGAAGACGGCACAAAAUAAUUGAACAUCGAAAAGGACUUUACAGAAAUUGUUUUUUUUAGCUUGACGGGCUAGCGUAGAUUGCAAAUAUUUCUGUAAAAUGUAAAUGUUUUUAUGUAGAUACGAGAUUCACAUGUAAAUACUUAUGUUAAUUCAGUCUUUUCCGUAAA